AUAAAUAUCCCCGACAGGCUCCUCAUCGGAUAUUUAAACGCCACAAUAGCUCCUCUCACAUGUUCUCCCAGCUCGACUUAGAAUUUUGGUCCCAUCAUUGAAACCAAAUAUUUAAAUCUUCUUUUCUUCCGACCCCCUAAAAUGACUCGGUCUGCAAAGGAUUGGAUGGGAGAUCUUGCGGGAGACCUCAACAUUACACAACUUUCAAUACCAGGAACUCACAAUAGUCAUGCUAUCAAGACCAAUGUCGAGGUAGAGAGCAACUCGCAGGUCAACUUCGCGUCCCAUGCAUUGUUAAAUCCUGGGAUUGUUGCAAUGUAUGCCGAGCUCUAUACCGCGAUUGCAACGUGCCAACUCGACCCCAUGUGGAAGCAGCUCCAGAAUGGCGUGCGGUUCUUUGAUCUUCGUGUCCGUUCCUGGGAGAAGUUUGAGAACGAAGGAGGUCGUUGGGCGUUUGGCUUGUGCCACGGGAGUGCCAAGCUCAAGGAGAGCCUAACGCAAGUCCUGGAUGGAAUGGCGGAUUUCUUAAGGAAUCACCCAACCGAAACGUUGCUGAUUUCUAUCAAAUGGGACGAAGAGAAGCUCAAUGGGGGUUCUUCUCAUACAACUGUGCCAGACUGGAAUCUCCGUUUCGGUGUGUCUGAGAUCUGGGAUAAAUAUAAGUGGUUCAGGGGAGCGCACUGGCCCAAUCUCAGCGAAGUACGGGGUCGAGCCAUUCUAGUGCGGCGCUUUUGGAACCCUGACAACGAAACACUGGGUAUCAACUUCGACAACCCAAGUUACUACGACAGUCCUCAGGGCGGAGGACCAGAUGGCAAGUGGAAGCAAAUGCCCAAUCCAACAGAAUUCGCAAUGACCAUUGAAAAGCGCUGGAACACUGCACUAAACAUGCUCAAUGAGGCUAAGGAGGCUGACCUCAACGACAGAGUCAUGUAUUUUGCUUCAACAUGCGACACUUGGGUAGACAAAGAUGGCAAGGUGCCCAAAUGGUGGGAGCCUCGCUACUACGCAGAGCGAGUGAAUCCCUGGCUUGCGUUAUUCAUGUCCCAAGAGUACGAGAAGCCUAAAAAGGGUAGAUACGGGGUGGUUGUCACCGACUUUUGCGAUGCGACCCUUGCCCGUUGCAUCUUUGAGCAAAACUUCAGUCGUUGACUUCCGUCAGAACCUGGAUCUUCCCUAAUAUUGCCUGGAACGUUAGACGCAUGAUUCGCCGACAAUGGAGGAGAUGGUGCGAUGGUCAAGUCAAGCGAAGAUGCAUGGUAUCUUGGUUUCCUUACUAGCUUCAGCUCUAUCAAACGUCUCAAGAAGGAGACACUUUCUGGGAGGAUAUUCCGAAGCUCAUUCCGUGGCAUUAGCCCAACACCGUAGCAAGUCGCUCUAAAUCAUCAAGAGACAAGUCAUUCGCAAUGUUUAUAAUCCCACUUCUAUUACCGUUCUAUGUCUAUAGGUCUGUCUAUUCUUCUCAUAAAAUAUCACUUCUGUCCCUCAAGCAAGCUUUCAUACCUCACCGCGCU